AAGCUUUAAUGUGAUACAGAAUCUAGGCAGAUGUUAAGGUAUUGAUACGCGUCUCUUUUCUUUUGGAUGUGGUGUAGUGUGAAUGUGUGUAUACUGUUUCGAAAAUUAUUUGUAGAACGCCUUUAUCCAAAUGAUACAUUUUUGUAGAGUAUGUAACCCAACAAUGCUUUGCUAUGACAAUAUAUGAAAGAUAUGUUUUAUUCUGAAAAGAUCAUUAUCACCGCUUCCUACAUAUCAAUGAAUUUCUAUGUGUUAGUGUGCUUGUUAGAUGGCGUUUCCGGAGUAGACAUGGAAUGUGAAAUAAAAUAGCCGAAACGAAUGGUGCCUUUUCGUUGCCCAUCGUCUAUGGUGUGUCCUAUUUGCUGCAAGUCCUUCUUUAAUUAGAAUUACAUUCGAAGGAAUGAUUGUGUAAGGAAACGGUGGCUUUAAUUUCUGUUGAAUUUGCGGGUGUAAUUCUAGGAAUAACGAAAAAACGAUGAGAAACGUUAAUUGUCAUCGAUUUUUGGUGGCUGUGUCCGGUGAUAUGUGAGGAAGAAUUGUAUAAUUACGGCGUUAGAAGUGUGACAUAAAGUAAUGAAAAUGUGUACGACACAAACGCCGUGUGGAAUAAAGUUCAUAAUACAGUUCAAUUAGCACAGCAUGUACACCAAAAAGUACCAGAAGUACAGCAAGUUUUCGAAGCAUGUAUGAACACAUGGAUAUGUAUAGGUCCGUUUUUGACAACAGGUUAUUUUUUUUAUUUUAUUAGGGAUUAUUUUUUAACAUUGCGCAAGAAUGUUUUAGUUUUGAAUGAAUAUUAUAAACAAACAACAAUAUGCUGCAAACAAAAGUUAUCGAACAUUGUUUUGAGAUCUGUGAAUGUGAAUGGCUUUGAACCCAUAUACAUUUUGGCACUACAUUCAAACCGCAAAAUAGGAUUUUAAGUUACCAAUGUUAAAAUGACAUGUCUUGCCUCGCCUGCAAAUUAUGUAUGUUGUGUGUCGUAUGUUGAAAAAAUUACAUAAAAAUCAGUUCAACCAUGUCUAAACAAACAAAUGGAGUAUCUUCGUUCACUGCCUAUCCAUCAACACGUGUAAUCGGAAUCUACAAGUUCCUAGCUCGACAUUCCGGAAGGAGACGAAUAGAUUUUAUGCUUCAACAAUUUACCAAAUCAUUGGUGUAUUGUGCUAUGAUAUUUAUUAGUUUGAGCUUUUAUUUUCCGAUGACAGAUGCUUGUUCAAGUAGAACAACACCAAAGCCUCGCCCUCCCAGUCCUACAAAUAGGCCCAAUAUUACUUUUCAUACAUAUAAAUGCCCUCCAGCGUAUGCGGCUUGGUAUUGCCUUAACGACGCCACUUGUUUUACGGUUAAAAUUGGAGAUUCUUUAUUGUACAACUGCGAAUGUGCUGAUGGUUAUAUGGGACCGCGUUGCGAAUAUAAAGAUCUUGAUGGUUCAUAUUUGCCUACUCGUCCAAGAGUUAUGCUAGAAACAGCUAGCAUAGCAAGUGGGGCUAUUGGAUCCUUAGUGCUAAUCAUCAUAGGUUGGUGUUGUUGGUGUGUUCGAAGACAUCAGCAACGUAAAUGGAUUGACAAGGAAACUAGUGUAGAUAUGGUAGACUCUCCUGGUGUUGUACAUGUUGUGCAUAGUGAAAGAUUACUUCGUCCAUUUGGAAUUCAUCAUCUUAAAACGAUACCUAUGAGUGACUCAUUGAAGUGAUAAAAAUUCAAUGAAUGAAGAAUUUAAAACCAGCAAAUAAUUUUAAGUUUGAAUAAAAAUCAGAACUCUUCGAGUAUGA